AUGCACAGUGCAUUGAAGGAUGGAGAACAAACUGUUGGUUCAACAGUCGUGACAACAGAUAGAUUCGAGAGUGGAUUUGGGGGUGGGCUUCUAGAUGCUCUGCCCUUGGAAAGAGACGUCAUAACGGGAAAAUUAUAUUGUAAGAAAUAUUAUACACAGGGUAAAAAGAUAGACUGGAGUCUAGGAGAUGGAGGCAAAGGUGUUGUAUCAGAAAGUGGAUGCGGGAGUGGAUUUGCAAGUGCAGUUUGGUUGGAGAAUCAAUACGAUCAGAAAAACAAAGUUACAUCGGUCGCCACAUCCGUUGCUAUCUUCUUCGAGUCAACUUCCAGUACGCUGAACAAGUCCGUCACUGCCCGGGCAUGGACGCCUUUCUUUCUUGGGUCCGGAAUUGCCUUCUUUACUGCCUUAGCAGGUGUCGGUACCAAACUUGCCAGUGCAUCUUGCUCAUCUGCAAUGUGGCUAGCAUUAUUUGGUGUACCAGCAGCCACGGGUCCUGUUAGCGCCUGUAUUGCCGCUGGUGCCCUCGCAGUGCUGUCAUCAUCUGUUGCGGCUGGACUUGCUGCAUAUGGAUACUCGGCUGGUUGGACAUUUGAGGGUGACGGUGCCUCCAUCGGCAAACGUGCCUCCUACGCGAGGAUUAUCAACCCCAAGUUCGGAACUGCCCAUGUUUUCGAUGCUGAUAAUACCUUGGCUCUGAACUUGACAUAUGGUGGAAUGCUCGACAGUCACAACACGACCCUCGUCGCCGUAAGCUGGAUCGAAACCUUGGAAGGUGGCAACUACACCAAUUCGCCUUUGCUUGGUUUGAAUAUGACGCAGGGAAGACUGGUCACGCUCAAUGACAACGGGGUCAUCCGGACUGCGGUUGGAGCAGUAGAAACGCUGCCUACAAUACUCAAUGGAUUCGCUGAUUUCAAGAACAACGUUACUCGUGUCCAGAAGCGCCAAUCGGAGGAAGUUGAUUGGUUGUCGUUCAAUACAUAUGGAGAAAACAUGCAGGAGGGUGGGAUGUAUACGGAGGCACUCGAUGAGGAUGCCAAUGCUUCGAAGACCAGUGCAGAUUAUGGAGUCGACGGAUGGGCAGAAAGUUACGAUUUUUACGCUUCAAGUAUGUGCUUGGCUGCUAGUCCUCCGGGUGACGGCCAGGGCGUUGAUUCAAUCAUCGUCGGUGAAGUUUAUAUGAAUGCCUAUGGAGGGGAGGCGCUCGCUUCCUUCCUUGGCGUGCCGAGAGGUAUCGAUAUCAGCCUCUUUGCAGCUGGAAGUUGGACCGGUCAUAGAUAUCUGAUGUGUAUACGUAAACGAGCCUUUAUAGCCAAUGAUCAAAGAUUACUCGUUAUCUUGAAUUACUGA